AUGCGUCAUGCCCUGCUGUCCCGAUCCAAGGCGCUCUCACCGUACGCGCAGGCUCUCAAACACGUGGCCUUGAAAGGCGCCGUCGGGCUCGGGCCCUCGGCGAAGGAGGUGGAGCUGGAGAGGUACCGUCGAGGGACCCUCCCAGCGGACUACCGCCCACCCGUCCAGGGAAAGUGGGAUGAUACGAUCGAGCGGUGGGCCUACGCCUGGCAGUACCCCGCCGAGGAGGAGUUUGAGGACCUUGUCGGCGCCGUUCAGGCAAACCGUGCGGUGAUGCAGCGGUUGUUGGAGUUUGGAGAACGACUGUUGGGCUCGCCGCCGUCGGCGAGGCCGGGAAGCGGUCGAAACUCGACGGUGUACCGCGUUUCGUCGGGGCUGGGCUCUAUGGAGGAGGUGACGCCGCUGGAGACAUCGUAUAACUACGCCAUGCUGGAGGCCUCCGUCGAGGCCGCCGCUCAUGCCAAUGACAGCCCCCAAGAAAUGAUGUCUUCGGAUGAAUUUUCCAGAGAAACAAACAUCCCCGUCGCGUACUUGGAUGACCAAUCAGAGAAGAGCAAUGCGAGUAAGGAAUUGGCACUUAUUCUUGAGGAGAGUAGCCUGGAGUACACGGAGGACGGCCUCAUUACUGUCAUAUCCGCUCUUGCUCGUCAACAUUACUACGAUGCCGCUCGUGCUAUAUUUGACUUUGCAAGCAAUGUGGGUUUAGGACCUUCAGCAGAGCAUUACAAGGCCCUCAUGAAGCAUCCAGCCGCUCACGGGGAUGUAAACCAAUCCAUGGAGCUUAUCGAAGAGAUGAAAAAAAAUGGUAUUACACCCCGCAUCGGCAACUGGCAUGAGCUCAUGCGCUCGUUUCACAAUGCAAAGGACUACCCAGCUGUUUCGCAGAUUGUGGACAACAUGAAAAUGUUCGCCAACAUAGAGCCCAAUGAGGUGACCUUUGUCUUGCAGCUGCGUGCGCUUGGAAAGGAUACAUCUCAAAGCAAUUCCCUUGCUGAGGCGAUUCAACUUUUCGACCAGAUGGAGAAUGUGUAUGGUUACAUCGCGGCUCGUCCUCAUUACGACGCCCUUAUGUUUUCUCUAAGUCAGAGCCCUCUUCCUGAGAUGCGGCUGCGGUGUGAAGAGCUAGCACAAAAAAUGAACUUGAUGGGAAUCAGUUGGAAUUCCACCACCUAUCUUAACCUUAUCAAAUCAUCCCAAGUAGUGGGUGAUAUUGCCGCUGUCGAAAAGUACUUGUCCAAAAUGCGUGACGAUUGCAUUCCCGUAAGUAUACUACAUCUUUCCUGGUCGGUACAGGCUCAUGUGCAAUUUCUCAUUCGGCUCGAUUAUGAGGAGCUGAAGGAAAAGAAAACAGACAUUGUAUCCAUUUGGCUCGAACAUAUGAGCACUUGUUUCGGAAUAUAUGAGAUCGUUGUGGGUAGAGGGUGGGGAAUGCAGCUUCCUUUCUUGAACGCCAUGCUGCGUUUAUGCUGCCAGACCACCAUUCUGUGCAUGGAGCAUCUUCCGUCAGACACGGUUCACAUUGGCAAGUUCGAAGAUCAGGCCAAUAAAGUAUGGAAUGACACAUUCGAUGAGUGGAGUCUGAAAAAGGAUGUGUACAGCUACGAGUGCUACAUUGCUCUUCUAGCUCACCAACAACGUAUCGACGAGGCCGAAAAGUUAUUCCAGCAGAUGGUUAUGCAGGAGGAUCUCACGCCAAGCCGGCGCACCUACGAGUGUCUUAUCUUUAUGCAUCUUUCUUCGGGGGAGGAGGGCGGAGCGGCCCGCGCUCUCCACUACUUGGAGGCAAUGGAGAAGUCUAGAAUCCCAAUUCGUCCGUCGCUUCUCCGAAAGAUAGUCCAGGUCAACAACGCGGCUGGGUACAAAAGGGAUAUGAAGAGGAGGGCACGACGCAUCAUACAAGCACGCGAGGAGUAUCUCGCUAAGAAGCAGGAGGGCCUCGCACAUGAGGCGGAUCUCACAAUGCGCAUGGAAGACGAUGAUACAGCUCCCGCCGUGGAUCGCGAUGGAAACCCCACCUUGCGACCGUUACCGAUUCCGGAGAACACCACCCUUGCGUGGUGGGAGCGAUGGAAGAGAGAAACGAUCAGCAAGCACGAGCUAUUUGAGAGUGAAAAUGCCGACGGAAGUCCAAAAGGUGAAUCCUUCGAGGAAAAGAACGAGGCUCUAGCUAAGAUGGGCAUAGACUCUUCUUUGAAGUCAAUUGAGGAUGUUCCCAAGGUGAGCCGGAACAGUUUACUUUCUAAAAUCCGGGAGCAGGAAGGUGAGAUGGCGGGCAGUCUGUGGGGGUUGGACGGAGGGGAGUUGUCGUAUCCAAAAGAUGGAGGUGGCCCACAGGGAUGGGGAGUGCGCUUGUGGCGAGAGCGGGCGAUUGUUCGCAAAGAAUUCCAACGCGUACAGGAUGGAAAUGCUCCUGUGCCUGAAUUUUCGGAUCUGGGGAAAUCUUUAAGGGUUGUGGGGGAUCAAUUAGAUAUCGAAAAGAGCGGGGCUAAAUCCCCUGGUGAGCUUAGCGAUUGGCGUAAAUAUCCAGAACACCGAUACGAUGACGGUCUUGCGAAACCCGUAUCCGAGAUCGCUCAUCCAAUACAGCCAUCCGCCGAGCUGGUUUGGCAGGCGGAGCAAAAUGACCCUCUGGCGCCAUAUAAGACUGACGAGGAGCUUGCCAUGCAAACUGACAAUACCUUUUAUUCACAAUUAGAAACCGAUGCAUUCAACAAAACUAACGCGGUUGUUGAGGUGCUUCAAAAUAAGCAGGAAAAUGAGAUCGAUAUCGUCGGAAAAGGUGCCACUCGUCGCUCGAAGUAUGAUUAUCUGCAAAAAUGGAGGGAGAUGUAUCGGCAUGGUACCCUUGAAGUCCCUGAACGCCCACUUCUGCGGUUUGGGCACUCCCCGGACGACCAUCAUGACACCAUGGCUGCAACCGUCCGAGACUGGUAUCGCCGUAACAGGAGGGCCCCCGCAACCGAAGAUCAAACUGCGCGAUGGAAGGUUGAAAAUGAGAGAGAAAACGAGGCUACGUUUUCGAUAAAAAAUUUGAAACAAGCCAAGCGAGCGAAGCGCAUAAAGCUGAGGCCCCAUAAGCUCUGA